UGGCAGUUCUUCAGCCCAGCUGCGAAUCAUGUCAUGCUUCUUGUUGGGUUGACAAGUGUGAAUGAUUUACAACAGCUACUCAAGUUUGCAAAAAAAUGUGAUGUGGUGGUCCUUGUGAAGCAUCAUUACUCUGUGCCAUCAAAAUGUGUCAUCACCGAUCCUUUCUUGAAGCCAAUUGAAGAACAAGAUUAUGAAAAUUUGGCGGCACUGACACGGGAGUCUGACUUUGAGACAGCAGUUGGUCUGUCUCUGCCUAUGGCUGUGGCUGAGUACCACCUGAACAGCACUGCAUACACCAUUGGUUCUUCUUGUAACUGGGAACGCUGGAUAGGCUAUGCCAAUACAUGUCCUAAUCCAAAAAUGCAGACAGAAUAUGACACCAAGUAUGCCAAAUCGAUACAGAGAAAUGGCUCUAUGAUAUAUUCAUUUCAAGAUGAAAGAGUCGUGGUAGAGCAGGUGCUUAUGUUUAUGAAGAAACUCAAGCAGGGCUGCUUUACUGCUUUCUACGUGGAGUACGAAGACUGGACAGGGGAUUGCAGUGCUAGACAGCCUGUUACAAGACUUAAAAUGAUAUCUUCACAACUCAACAGAACAGCAGAUGCAGAGAGCGCACAGUCUGACAGAACCACACCAGUGCAAGUGGAGCGCACCAGCACAGCAGUGCACAUGGAGUACACAACCACACCAGUGCAUGGGGAGCACACAAUACGAAAACACCCGCAGUCACACGAACCAAAUCAGAAGCGAGAAGAACAGCCAAUGAAAAGAGAACAAAACACCAAAGGAGUGUUCAUCAUCUGUUUGUUUUCUCGUCGGCUGCCCAACUUGCCCCUUGCGGCACAAAUGUGCCCCUACAUGGCUUACAUGGGCCUUAUGCACCACGCCAGCAAUGAUCGCUUCUACAUAAAUGAUGAUGCUGCCCUGUACCAGUUCCUGACCCUCAAGCAGUACAAUGUUCAGCACCUCAUUAUUGCAACUGCCCCCAUGCAUUCGCACUUGCUGACACAGCUACGUCAGACCUUUUUAGAAGACGGUGUAUCUCGCCUAAUGUACAGCAUCUCUGAAGAUCAGCCACUUGAAUCCCUUCAUGGAGUGAUGCUACUUGCCACGUCAGUGGUUCAUUUGGAUAGCCUCUACGAUGUAUCAUUGGACAUUCGAAACUACCUUCACACAAAAAUGCAUCUGAAACUAUAUCUUGCUGUUCAGAGUGUGGGCUAUAACACAAGUUUUGAUCCUUUUCUCAAGUUGAAGAGCUCAUGUGACCGGCUAAUCCUAUAUACCAAUCCUUAUGUACCAUCUCCUCAUUGUAAAAUUAUGCCAAUCAUCUAUCAAGACUUGGACAUGCUGGACAAGACAUUCUUUAAAAGCAAAAAGGAAAGUGAAUUUGUUCCAUGCAUCACACUGAAUUUGGCAGUUCGCCGAUAUGAGCUAGCAAGUGGUAGUUCUGACUUUGGUCAAGACUGUGCCAAGGAACACUGGGAAAAGUUUUCAGCAACCUGUCCUGAUGAGCCUGGGGAAAGGGGAUAUACUGCAACCUCAGCAUAUUUGAAGACCAGCAAGAAUGUGCUUGUUUUUGAAGAUGAAACCAGCAUAGAAAAAAAGCUAUCUAAAUUCCAGCAGAUCAACCCUAGCAUGUGUGUGAUGGCUACUGCUAUUGAAAGGGAGGACUGGAAUAAUGAGUGCUCUGCUCGACCUGCUGCCUCCAGGAUGCUUGCUAUUGCCAAGUAUGGGGGUACAGGUAUCUUAAUAUGUGUGGUGGACAGGGCACCACUUAUCAAGAUGUUGCCUGGAGGCCUCUGCACUCAUCUGGUGUACUCUAGUGUACUAUACCGUCUCAGCAGUGAACACACUUUUGUUGCUGGAGAUGGUACAGCAUUUUAUGCAGCUUCCAACCUUGCACUGAAGAGUGGAAUGCAUUUCCUUAGUGAAAUAGACCUCAUCAGUUUCUUCAAUAUUAACGUGGACCAUGCUUUUGCCGGUUUCUUGGCGUCAAGCACAAAAUGGGUCCAAGAAACUCAUCAAAAUGGUCUAGCCUUUAUGAAUAUUCCAAACAAAACUGACAACGUGAAGUUUGCAUCAAUAAUCAAGAAAACAUGGGAACAUAUUUUAACUCACAAAUUGCAGCAGAUGCUUCUUGUCGGCAUAGACUACAGAACGGAAGCCAGCGCUGCACUGGUGAAAUCACUUUCUGGGAAAUGCACAUUCAUGGUGUUCAUCACACAUCCCAGGAAAAGCUGUUGUGAAGGACCUUGCAAAGUGGAUUAUCCAUCAAGACCCCAAACAGAUGAAGACAGCAAUGUCAUGCAAAAGAUUGAGCUUGGCUCCGGCUUCGCAACUACACCGUGCAUCUCAUUCAGCAUGGCUGUCAGAGUGUUUCAUGGUGUGAACAACACUACCUGUCGUCGAGAGGAAUGGGCAAGCUACAAUCAGGUGUGUAAUAAAGAUCAAGUGUCAGACCAAGGCAGCUUUGGCAGUCUCUCCAGUGAUGGAAAUGUGUUCAUGUUUGAGACUCCUGCAUCCAUCAAAGAUAGGAUCUCGAGGGUGUCUUCCAAAGUGAAGGUGAUGUGUGCAGCUGUCUUCGAUCUCGACUUGGAGGACACAAAUGGCUCCUGUGCCUCUGGAGGUGUUGCCUUUCCUAGGUUGCAGGACAUUCAACAAAAGAUUACCGCUGUAAAGAAUACCACUGAUCACAGCACCAACACAGAACCACCAGAAUCAGAAAAAACUUGGUCAGAGUCUGUGACACCCGAGAAACCUACUUUAGAAUCUUGGUCAGAGUCUGAGACCCCUGAGAAAUCUACUUCAGAAACUUGGUCAGAGUCUGAAACACCUAAGAAAUCUACUUCAGGUAUCUUAAUAUGUGUGGUGGACAGGGCACCACUUAUCAAGAUGUUGCCUGGAGGCCUCUGCACUCAUCUGGUGUACUCUAGUGUACUAUACCGUCUCAGCAGUGAACACACUUUUGUUGCUGGAGAUGGUACAGCAUUUUAUGCAGCUUCCAACCUUGCACUGAAGAGUGGAAUGCAUUUCCUUAGUGAAAUAGACCUCAUCAGUUUCUUCAGUAUUAACGUGGACCAUGGUUUUGCCGGUUUCUUGGCAUCAAGCACAAGAUGGGUCCAAGAAACUCGUCAAAAUGGUCUAGCCUUUAUGAAUAUUCCAAACAAAACUGACAACGUGAAGUUUGCAUCAAUAAUCAAGAAAACAUGGGAACAUAUUUUAACCCACAAAUUGCAGCAGAUACUUCUUGUUGGCAUAGACUACAGAACGGAAGCCAGCGCAUCACUGGUGAAAUCACUUUCUGGGAAAUGCACAUUCAUGGUGUUCAUCACACAUCCCAGAAAAAGCUGUUGUGAAGGACCUUGCAAAGUGGAUUAUCCAUCAAGACCCCAAACAGAUGAAGACAGCAAUGUCAUGCAAAAGAUUGAGCUUGGCUCUGGCUUCGCAACUACACCGUGCAUCUCAUUCAGCAUGGCUGUCAGAGUGUUUCAUGGUGUGAACAACACUACCUGUCGUCGAGAGGAAUGGGCAAGCUACAAUCAGGUGUGUAAUAAAGCUGAAGUCUCAGACCAAGGCAGUUUUGGCAGUCUCUCCAGUGAUGGAAAUGUGUUCAUGUUUGAGACUCCUGCAUCCAUCAAAGAUAGGAUCUUGAGGGUGUCUUCCAAGGUGAAGGUGAUGUGCGCGGCUGUCUUCGAUCUCGACUUGGAGGACACCAAUGGCUCCUGUGCCUCUGGAGCUGUUGCCUUUCCUCGGUUGCAGGACAUUCAACAAGAGAUUACCGCUGUAAAGAAUACCACUGAUCACAGCACCAACACCGCACCACCAGAAUCAGAAAAAACUUGGUCAGAGUCUGUGACACCCGAGAAACCUACUUUGGAAACUUGGUCAGAGUCUGAGACUCCUGAGAAAUCUACUUCAGAAACAAGGGAAACAAAAAGUGAAGAAAUGGCACCUCCGGAAAAGGAAGAAAUCACGCACACUGAGCACAUGACUGAAAGCAUUGAAACAGGAGAGACAGCUGGUCACACUGGGAGUUCGCAAGGGCAUCAAACAGGCCAGGAUACUACUGGAACUCCAUCUUGGUGGCAGACUCCUGAAACACAAGCUGGUACUCCACAUUUUUCAUUUUAUGUGAAAAAAGAAAUUGUCUUCGUCUACAAUUGCCUUAAGGGCACUUCACUUACAAACAUUUUUUUUUUAUUUAUGGGUGAAUUCUUAUCAAACUUGCAUUACUUUUGUGUUCUGACAUACUUGACCUAAUUACGCACUUUAUCUUUCUGUGCAACAAGUAGUUUUAAAAUAUUAAGACAUCUGUUUAGUUUUCUUUUUGUGUGUGGGGCACUAGUUUGGAAGUGAGCUCUCUGUGAAAUGCUGGUUUUUAUGAAGGAGUCUGGCAUAUCUAAAUAAUGUUGAAUGAUCAGAGUUUGCAUUGCUACAAGAAUGAAUGCUCUGAACUGAUAUGAGCCAAAGUUAUAGCAUUUCAAAAUUUUAAAAUAAAAAAAGCUAUAGUAACACAUGGAAAAAAUUAUUACUUUUUCAAAAUUUUUUAUAAUAGUAUUUGUUCAUAUGAUAGCUCCCUCUACACUCUGUAUUAGUUUACCUUUCUGACAAAAUAAGAAAAAAAAAACAUAUUUGCAGUAGUAUAAGUAGAAGCUGGCAUAUCAUCACUCCAAAACUUUGACAUUAUCAGAAAUACUGUUUUGAGAAAACAAGCAAGAACAUUUUGUGACCUGUUGAUGGUGAUUAUGGCAAAGGCUAAAUCAGUCAAGGAUGAUACCGGGGUCUGAUCAAGCACAAAUAAGUGCUCUACACCAACCUGGAGCAAAGGUAUGCGAAAAUAUUUGAACCAAUUUUUGAUUCCAAAGAGCAGUGUACCCCCUUAAGAAAUUCACACUUUCACUCUAAUGUUCACAAAAAGGUCCUCCACACAAAUUUUAAAAGAUACAUAAUUAUUGUUUUCUGCAGCCUUUGUUUCUUGUUACGGUAUGUUGCUUUUGGGGUGAUGGGCUAAUCAGAGUGCUGUAAAGCAACCUUUUCUUAACUGUCACGACUUCAGGCAGCAACUUUACACAAUGUGCAUGUUCUGGGAAUGUUCCCCAACCCCUAACCUCACCUCAUGUAUUAUGAUGUGUACCAACCAACAUCCCACCAUUCAUA